UAUCGUGUUAAUUACGAUAUCAGGAAUUGGAAAAAAAUUUCACAAUACUUAAAUACUAAUGAGUAUGCGAAUAUACACGUUCUUAAUCGUGCUCAAAUCAUUGCUGAUUUACAUGCCAUGGUAAUAGAUGAUCGAAUAGAUGGUUAUUUAUAUCUUCAAUUGAUAAACUACCUCAAGCGAGAUACAAAUGGUGUAGCAUGGCAAGCAUUGUUAGAUAUUAUACAAACUAUGCCGAAGCCUCUCUUACUACCAGAAAUGAAACAUGUCAAGAAAAGCUAUGAACAACUCCUCCAUAAGUUUCUUCGGCACAUAAAAUACACAGGAAAUAGUAAUGAUGACGAUGUCACAAAAUUGACAAGGUUAAACGCUUUAAAAUGUGCAUGUAAGCUUGGUAUCAAGAAAUGCAAGGAAGUGACCGCGCUUAAAUUAAACAGACAUCUCAUCAAUCCCAAAACUUACAAAAUUCUACGAGGAGAAAAAUUUAUGUACUGUACUGGUAUGAUGGCAGCCAAUAGGACUACUUGGAAUAAAAUGUUUGACAUAUAUGUAAGAAGAAAACUAAAAGAGGAUACAAAAAGAUUAUUGAUGGGCUUGAGUUGCGCUGAAAAUCCUAAUAUCAUCAUCAACUAUUUAAAUAUAUUAGCAUUCAAUACUUCAUUUUUUGACAAUGAUGACCAUGCUCAUGUCUUCAAAUUUAUUCUUAAGAGGCAUUCACGCAACGAUAAAAUCCUUAAAUACAUAUUAAACAAUUUUGAAGCUAUAAAACCUAAAUCACUUAGUGCACCUGCAGUGAUAAAACUUAUUCUUAACAAUGUUUAUUUUUUUAGAGAAAUUGACAAGGUGGAAAAAUUCUCACAAACUAAUUUCAAACAACAUCCAAAAAUUUUGUCUGAAAUUAAAAAACUGAUAGACAAUAGUAGAGAAUAUCUUUCGACAGCCAUACGCGAUGUUAAAAGGAUGUUUACUUCCACAAAUUUCACGAGUUCUUCGCCUAGAGAGAAGUCAUACGUAUAAUAAAAACAUAA